AAUGUGUUUCACACAAUGCCAUAAGUAUUGUCGAAGACAUCCAACAAUGGAUGAGACACUUCGGCGUCAAUAUGCAUACCGAGCCCAGCAUUACGUCGGCUCAGCCUAACGUCAACGUUAAGGAGACUGUCAGUGUUUUCAAUCAAAUUGCAGCCCAACGUGAAAAAAAAGGGUCGUCACCAACGGACCCACCGGUAGGUCAUGGGGGUCAGCCACGGGCUCAGACCAAUCAUGAUCUCGAUUCCCGUUCUAUCACUACUACGAGCUCUAUUGAUUCGAGCCAUCAUAACGGUGCCCAUAGGACUAAUAGCCACGACCAGGUCUGA